UUUCAGUUCUUAGCGACGCGGUGAUACGCUUCGACGUUAAUCACAUGAUUUACAUCUGUCACCUCUGAGUCGAGAAAAACUCACCUCAAAGACUGAUUAGAUAAAUUGCCAGUGGUUUGAGGCGAACAUCGCAACGCUAUUUGAUUGUCCAAGGUAGUGCGGCAUGGGUCACACUGGAUACACGUGCAUUAGGCACGUAUUCUGCUCGCUGAACGUACUCAUCUGGUUGUGUGCCUGUGGAGUGCUGGGGGCUGAUCUGUGGCUUACUUUGUCGUACCGUGGGUACAUUACCCUUGUACCCCAGUACAGUUUCAUUUCGGCCGAGUCUAUUCUACUUGCUGCGGGGUGUGUCAUGUUUGUUAUUGCCUUCCUUGGAUGUUGUGGGGCAUGGUUUCAGCUGAGAUUCAUGCUCAUAUUGUAUUUCAGUUUUGUAGUGAUUAUGUUCCUCGGAGAGUUCAUGUUUGGCGCCCUCGCCUUCGUAUUCCGAGAGCAAGUGUCAAGGAGUCUGAAGAAUGAGCUUUUGUCUGGAAUCCAAGAGCACUAUAAUAUCACAAGGGAGCCUGGAACAUUGGCUACUAUUUGGGAUGACAUUCAGCAGAGGUUCCAUUGCUGUGGUGUGAGAGACUACACAGAUUGGUUUCAAAUAUCGGCCUGGCCGAAUGAUGAUAGGGUGCCGGACUCUUGCUGUAUAACUCGGGAGAGAUACUGCGGUAGGCCAGAUCCUGACGGGCACAGGAAAGAGUUGUGGUAUAAGGAUGGCUGCGCCUCUGCCAUCCAAAUGGGAUUUGUCACGAGGCUCCAUGUUGUUGGGACUGUAGGGCUCAUCGUAGCGUUUCUCCAGUUAUUCGGCCUCGUUGCCAGUAUGAUACUUUUCUGCACAGUCAGGCACAAGAAGGCCUCCCACUCUUACAAGAGCUACGACACUGCCACAACCUAGGAACGCGCGUGGAUCCCCGCGUA